AUAUCAUCAUGUAGAUCUAUUUUGAAAUCAUUUCCUAUUUCAGGUAAAACAAUAUAAAUAAAAGUAUUUAUAAAAUUUUUAAUUUUCUUCAUUUUAAUUUAGAAUAUGUUGAAUGUUGCAGAAUACAGUGAAAAGACAUCAUCCUGGAUAGAAUAUGUUGAUGUAGCUUUACAAGUAGAAAAAGAAACACGUGAUGUAGAAGUACAAAUCAAUGAUCAAGUUGAUAAAUAUUUAAAUAAAACUAUAACAGUAUCUACAAUGUCACAAACAUCAUUCACAUCCAAAUCUAGUGACGAGGAUAACAGUGUAGUAGAUCUAGACAAAAGUAGUACACAAACAAAUAAUCACGAGGAACAAAGUUUUGAAUGUGAUGCAUCUUGUAGUGAUAGCUCACAAGAUAUUGAAAGUCCAACAGAAUCUGAUACUGAAAUAGGGACAGAAUCUGAUUUUGAUCGGCAUAAUAGUAUUCACAAAGGAAUUAUCAUUCAAAAAGAUUCUGAAAUCAUUGUCUUAAAAAAUGAACUUUGUGUAAGAGAUGCUGAAUUAGAAGAAUUACGUGAUAUGAAUAAACAUUUGGAAAUUUUAUUAAAAGAAAAGGAAAGUUUUAUACACACUCAACAAGAGAAUCUUAAAGCAAGUUACAAAAUAUAA